AUGAAUAUCGUUUUAACUGUACAUUGUCGUGAAGGUGAAGAUGAAAUUUUAAAUAAUUCUAAAGAAAUUGUAUAUAAAAGAUUAUGCAAUGGAUUUGUACAUAUGUUGUCCAUUCUUAUCAAUGGAACUAACGAAACAGAUGAAACAAAUUGUGAUUAUUGGCUAUGUAAUAAUUUAUAUACUCGAUGUGAUGGAGUAUGGUAUUGUUUAAAUGGAAUUAAUGAAUUAAAUUGUGAAUUAAACAAUUGUUUUCGAGAUACUCAUGAAUGA